GCAAAGCUAGGGGUUUUGGGUUUUCGACUAUUCGUUUUCGUUUUCCCUCUGUAGUCUGACUUGUAGUUGUAGUUGAAGUGGUAGCUAUUAGCAUUUGCAAAUAGCAAAGCUAAAUACAAAAAAAAAUGUGGUAUCUGUGUAUGUUCUUCCACAGAUUGUUAGAUUACAGAAAAGCAGAGGUCGAAUCACUAGCACAACUCUUCUUAGACGACAAAGACAACUGGUCUUCGUUGGACUGGAGGCUUCCGCUUCAUCACCACCCUGACUCUCCUUUCCAUUACGUCAACCUCCCUUCCGAGGAUAUCGCUCGUGACAUCGCCAAUCGAAGUAUACUUGUGAAGGGUAUAUAUGAAAUUUGGGGAGAAGGGAGUAGCUAUGAAGAAUUGGAAGAGUGCAUAAGGAGCUAUCCAGAUGAGAGGAAGUUGCCAUAUUUGGAGCCUGGAACCACUUUCAAAAUUACUGUUGAUAGCUUUGGGAAAGUCAUUAGCUUCCAAGACCAAAAUGAUCGAAUUAAACGAUUUACCUACAUUCCUUUCAAGGGUCAAGUUAAUUUGAAGAAUCCAGACCAUAAGUUUUGGGUUAUGGAAACUGAUGACUAUGGAUCUAGUAAUGGACUUCCACCAGUUGAAGGAAGGAGAAUCUUUUUUGGUCGGGAAGUUGGGGGUGCCAAUAGGAGCCUUUUGCCAACAUAUCAGUUAAAAAGCCGCAAUUAUCUUGGCCCAACUGCCAUGGAUGCAGAAAUGGCUUUCUUAAUGGCCAACCAAGCAUUGGCCACACCGGGCAAACUUGUCUAUGACCCAUUUGUUGGCACUGGUAGCAUUCUUGUUGCUGCAGCUCACUUUGGAGCAAUGACAAUGGGUGCAGACAUAGACAUUAGGGUAGUUCGUGAUGGGCGAGGCCCUGAUUGUAACGUUUGGAGCAAUUUUAAGCAGUAUGGGUUACCGAUGCCAGUUGGACUGUUGAGGGCAGAUAAUAACCUUCCUCCAUGGCGCCCUGGAUUGAAAGAGGUAUUUGAUGCGAUAAUCUGUGAUCCUCCUUAUGGAGUUCGUGCUGGGGGGCGUAAAUCUGGUGGACGUAAGUUGCUGAAGGGGACUGUGGACCCUUAUACUGUUCCUGAUGACAAGAGGACAGACCACAUACCAUCCACUGGAGCUUACAGCUUAGUCGAGUGUGUCCAUGAUUUGCUUGACCUUGCUGCUAGGAUGCUUAUAAUGGGGGGCAGGCUUGUUUUCUUUUACCCUGUAUUAAGAGAAGAUGAUAAUGUAGAAAACCAUUUCCCAGAGCAUCCGUGUUUCAAACUGAUUGCUACUUCCGAGCAGAUAUUGAGCUCACGUUAUAGCCGUGUAUUACUGACCAUGGUCAAGAUAAGUCCUUACACUGAGGAAAUUGCAGAGGCAGCUCGGAUAAAACAUAUAGAUUUUAGGGAAAACCAUCUGAAGUGGUUAGAAGACGGUAAUCUUCAUUCUGCAGUUUUCAGUCCAGAUCCUCAGUUAACUGCCACUGGUGAUUCUAAACUCGGUAAAGAACCUAAGCCAAAAUAUAGAGGGAAAUACGUAUAGGCUUGAAAAUUGCCUGCUUUCAAAAGCUGUGUUAGCUUGAGCAAUUAUGCCUGCGACUUUUAUAUGGCCUUCCAUGUAUCUCUCAUAUUUGAAGAGAGAGAGAGAGAGAGCUUGAUGCAUCCCUUAUUAGUUUUCGUUGUUUUAUGGUAAUGUAUUUGUAAUUUACCAUGGUGAUUAAAUCCAAUAUGAUGAGCUUCUUGUUUUCCAA